AAUACUAUUGUACCUGAAAAUAAAACACUUUUUAAUUUUAUUUGUAUAUUAUGUGUAAUUGUAAUGUGUAUCUUUGUUCAAUUUUUUUUUUAGGCUCAGUCAUUUGGGCAGAGGAGCAGUACUUUCCUCAGUCAUUCAAUGCCACAUGGGAUGAGGGCAGACUCCACUGUCAGUCCUGUUUCAAAGAACUGACGACCAUCACCAGCAGAAAUGUCCACCUCAUUGUCCAGAACCUCUCUUUGGACUACUGGGUUGGACUCCGCAAGAGUUACAAUGGCUCCUUCCCAUGGGCCGCAUGGUCUAAUGGGGAUCCUGUUACAUAUCAGAAUUGGUACCCUGGUCAUCCUGUUCCAAAUAAAGAAAAGAAACUGAUUCCUAUAUGUUCCUCAAUUACACAAAGUCCACUGAGCACCCUAAUAACUACCACAACAUCUACCCCAACAUCAACCCCAACAUCUACCCCAACAUCAACUCCAACAUCUACCCCAACACCUACCCCAACAUCAACUCCAACAUCUACCCCAACAUCUACCCCAACAUCUACCACAACAUCUACCCCAACAUCAACCCCAACAUCUACCCCAACAUCUACCCCAACAUCAACUCCAACAUCUACCCCAACAUCUACCCCAACAUCAACUCCAACAUCUACCCCAACAUCAACUCCAACAUCUACCCCAACACCUACCCCAACAUCAACUCCAACAUCUACCACAACAUCUACCCCAACAUCAACCCCAACAUCUACCCCAACAUCAACUCCAACAUCUACCCCAACAUCAACUCCAACAUCUACCCCAACAUCUACCCCAACAUCAACUCCAACAUCUACCCCAACAUCUACCCCAACAUCAACCCCAAUAUCUACCCCAACAUCUACCCCAGCGACCUCAACACAAACCUCCACAGUCACUUCUGCUUCAAUAACCUCAACGUUUCGAAGAAACAAAGAAAACGAUACAUGCCCCAUAUUGUCCGAAAUGCUUUUUUGCUUAAAUAUGACAUGUGAUGAUCUACAAAGUGCCAUGACUAUGUGCAAUAGAACACAGACUGUUACCUCUAAGACUACAACAUAUAGCACCACCCCUAAAGUCACAACAUUUAGCACCACCUUUAAUGCCACAACAAACGGCACCACAACUGAGAGCACCACCACCAGCAACUGCGUCUUUGAACCCGAGCCAGAUCCUGAACAGUACAUCGAGGAUGCUUGUGUGGUCCUGCUCAGCUUUGGCAUGUGGAAGGAAGAAGACUGCAGCAGAACUCUACCUUUCAUCUGUUAUGAAGAGCGCUUUUUUGGCCAGAUAAACAUUUCCGAUGUGACCACAAGUGCAGGCAAUCUGAGCUGGUCUGAGGGACCCGGUGCUGAGAACAUCAGUCACUACAGAGUGGAGGUCACUGGGGACAAAAACCAGACAUUUAACCGGACUGAACUGUUUCAAUACAUAGAAAAUCUGACAGCAGGAACUCUGUACAAAGUUCAGGUGUUUCCUGUGAAAUGUGGCAGGGAUCUCAAUCCGCAGAAUAUCUCCUUCUACACCUAUCCCUCUGAUGUGCAAAAUCUGAUUGUGGUGAGUGUGACAAAUGUUAGCGCCAACCUCAAGUGGAGUAAACCAGAUGGAAACCAUGACUUCUACUCAGUAACUUUCAUAAAUGCAUCGAAAACUAAAGAACAAAAGUGUUAUUAUGAAAAGUGCACUAUUACGGAUCUUAUUCCAGGAACCGAGUAUGUAUUCACAGUUAAAGCUGUAGUGAAUAAGACAACUGAAGGUGUGCCGAGCAACGUUUCUGAUUACACCAUACCUUCAACUGUCAGAAACCUAAAACAAUCAGAAUUCACGGAGAGCACAGUCAUAGCCUCGUGGGAAAAGCCUGAGGGAGGACAUUCAGGAUACCGCUAUUGUCUUCUUGAAGUCAAUACCACCGACCAGUGUACUAACUGCAGCAUCAGUGGCAGUACAUGCAAUGAUAUAAAGGCAACAAACAUCACAGAAAGUGAUAAAAAUCCCGGCAGCAUGUUUUGUGUGUGUGUGGCAGCGCUAACAAAGAGCAACACUCUGUCAGGAGAAAUGGUUGGAAUCCCAGCAUACACACGCCCCAAAUCUGUGGACCUCAGUUUGAAGCCUGACUUACAAAAGAUGAACGCCACCUGGGAAAUAAAUGGGAAUUAUGAAAAAUUUAAAGUGACAAUCACAAGUGCUUAUGCAAAGUAUAUUCAGUCAUAUAAUACUACAGACAAGGAUUACACUUUCAUUAAUCUGAAGGCAGGAGUGUUUUACACUGUUUCAGUUGUCACUCUUAAUGGUGACCUUACAAGUGUACCUGCUAAUAAGUCAGAUUACACCCGGCCUGCUAAACCUACCUGGGUAAAUGCCACCGCUAACAAAAAUAACAUACAGCUAAGCUGGAGUGCUCCAAAAGAGUCUGAGGGUGCCUUGAUUCAAUAUAUAGUGAAAUAUAACACUUCUUUCUGGGAUGAAACUAAUGAAAUAAAUACAACUGAGACAAAUAUCACCAUUCAUAAUUUAAGACCAGGAACAAAUUAUACGUUUAAUGUCAUGGUCUUAGCUGGAAAUUUGCUGAGUGAUCCAGAAACUGAUAGUGAAAUCACAGAGCCUGAGAAGAGGACACUGGUCCUCACGAUGUUGUGUUCCUCUCAAACCGCACUUCAUUGUGACAAACCUGAAACUCGGAAUGAACUGUUUGAAACGCUGAAAAAAAUGUUUUAUGACAAAUUUCAAAACUUGGUCCACUGGAAGCUUAAAGAAAAAAAUAGCAAAGACAUCCUUUGAAUCUCUAUGAUGUGGCCUACAAUCAAGAAAGAAUCACACACUGAAAUAAUGUGUGAUUUCAUGCCUGGUGAAUUCUGAAUUUAUUUUCUUACAUUUCCAUGAAUGCAACUUACAAAAGAGGAACAAAAGCAAUGUGUCAGAGAGCCAACAAUAUAUGUUAUAUACAAUUUUAUUAGAUUAGAUUAGGAAACAAGGGAGAGAAGAGGAAACAUUUAGAGAAGAAAUAUACGUUUUUGGUAAACUUUACGGGAACCAAAUGUCCUCACAGGGAUAGCAAAACCUGAUAUUUUUGACCUUUUGGGGACAUUUUUUUGGACCCCAUUAGAAAAACACCUUAUAAAUCAUACUAAAUGUUUUUUUUUAUUAUUUUCUGUGUGAGUUAUGGGGUGAGGAUAUAGAAUAUACAGUAUAAAAAUCAUUAUGUCUUUGGAAAGUGCAUUGGUUUAAGGGGUUGUUAAGUGCUUGUUUUUAGCUUCUUGGAAGGUUUUAUUUAGAUUCUCACUCAUUUUUGGAUCUGUAUGGCAAUUUUUUCUUCUUACAAAUUGCAUAUUGACAUUUACUAUAGAUUGAGUGGUGUGAUGAUAUUUGCUAUAUUUGUGGGAGCUAUAAUUCAUCUUCAAAACUUUAACAUGAAUAACUUUUUUUAAGACCUUUGCUAUAGCUUCAUGUGAAUUCCAGUUUUAAUGUUCAUGAUGGAUUACUGCUGAUUAUUUUGGGGACUGGUUUCAUUAUAAUUAAAGAUAUUACACAUGGG